AUGUCCCUCGAUUCAACCAACCCGUCUUUUUCUUCUAACGUCCUGUCCGGUCGAUCCAUCUUCAAACGAUGUGUCUCAUGCGAUUCAACUGCCCCGACGUGCCCGUCAUGCCCUUCGGGCGAAAUCUGUACCAUGAUCAGUCAGUCGUGUGACCAGUGCGCUACAACCAAAUGCAUUAAAACGUCCAGUGGUUCGAGCUCGCAGGGUAGCUCGUCCGGGGGAAGUAACGUGGGCGCCAUCGCCGGUGGGGUGGUGGGGGGUGUAGCUGCGGUAGCCCUCAUCACCUUCCUGGUAUGGUGGUUCUUCGUCCGCAAGAAGCGUCAGGAAUUAGCAGAACAACAAGGAACCAGCGACGGCGAAAAAUCCAGCACCUUCGCCGAUGCUCGCCAGACACGGAAAUCGACCAACUCCAUCGCUUCUACUGUGCUCACGCGUGCGUCGAACGUCAUCCAGAUCGCCUACAUCCCCGGCGUCACCAAUCGCUCUCCCCCAGAAACGCCCCUGGUGCCGCCUGUCCCCCCGCUUCCGGGUGCCGCUCCCGAUCAGCACUUCUUCAUGCCGGGUGACCUGCGCGACUCGGCCUGGUCCGAGGCCUCCCGCCAGCAUCGCAGUAUCGCCCCUAGUUUGCGUUCCAGCGUUGCCACCACGAUUUAUCGCGAUAAUGCGAUUGUCAGCCCUAUGCCGGCCCAGCAGGCAAUGCGCACCCGGGCGGCGGUGGUCAGCAUUCACAACGGAGGUAACCCUCCGGGAUCCGGGAGCACGUUGGCUCCUCCCGAUGCGCCUGCGGUCCCCGCUAUCACGCAAGCACAGCUCGCCCGCGCCGGGGUCACCGAAUCGAACAGCAGCAGCUCCAUUGUGGCACGCACGGUCACCGCUAAACCGGUUAUGGUGAGGGGUAGCAUUAAGAAGAAGAACAAGGAUCAGAACAGUAGCAAGACGGCGACCCCUAGUGCCGCCUCGCCCGCCGUACAGACGAUUGAGGAGCAGUCGGAAUCAUCCACCUCGGCUGCAUCAAGUACGAAGCCACCAUCUGGCCCGACCUCGGGUUUCGACGCCAAUUCAUCCGACGAGGACGAAGCCCAUGCGAAGCACAUCCCACCCGGAACGGGGGCGCCGAAGAGCCCGACAGUAAUCGAGGAUUCCCCCGCCGUUGAGCAGAGCCCUUUCCAUGAUCAGCCAGAUCCCCGGACAAGCCGAUGGGCGUCGGCGCGCUUGUCGUCUCGCCUCGAGGCCGACGAGGGCACCAGAUCCAAUCGCAGCAGCCGAAUCCCGCCCGAGCGAACGGAGAGUCCAUUUUCCGACGCCAACGAGGUCAAAUGA